AUGGCGUCCUCGAAAUUACCCUCCUACUGGGAACAGACUGAGCUCGAAUCAUCUUCAAAGGGUUCCCAUGAAUGUCUUCCGGCAUACUCUGAGCGCACGCCUACCACAGAGCAAAACUCGUCCGACCAGUCAUCAUGCGGAAAAUGGACCAGCGUGAAGGGAGCCAUCUGGUCGUAUAUCAAAGGUACGUCAAAGUACAUGGCUUAUCACUGGGCCAAGGCUUCUUUACUAACGCUACGAGCAGGGGACGUAUAUAAGUACCACCCGUCCGUCGUACAAGAACGAUAUGCGGACGAGUUUAUGAGGAGGGACCAAGCAAGAAAGUGA